GUGUGUGGAAAGCGGAAGCGACAACAAGUCAACAGCUGGUAGAGGGAAAAACGAAAGUAAAGUCUUCCUGAACGCAGGGAAAUGGAAGUGUGCGUAGAUAGAGUGGACUCAGCUAUCAAUGCCCAAACAGGGGGAUCCAUUCGCUUAGAAUUAUGUGCUUGCUUGGCAGAUGGUGGGACUACUCCAAGUAUCGGCAUGCUAGCGGUUAUAAAGAAACUUGUUCACAUUCCAGUAUUUGUAAUGAUUCGUCCUAGAGCUGGAGACUUUUUGUUCAGUGAUGAUGAGCUGGCAGUUAUGAAGCAGGACAUUAUUCAUUUGAAGAAAGCUGGAGCAGAUGGAUUUGUCUUUGGAAUUUUAACUGAAAAUGGAGAAGUGGAUGCACCAAGAUGCAAGGAGCUCCUGGAUAUUAUAAGACCCUUACCAGCAACUUUUCAUAGAGCCAUUGACAUGACCCAAGAUAUAUUCAAGGCUCUUGAUGACAUUAUGACUCUUGGCUUUGAUCGCGUUCUUUCAAGCGGUGGAUGUGCUACAGCUCAUAAAGGAGUUGAGGUGCUGCGAGAAAUGAUAUCAAAGGCUGGAAACAAGAUGGUUGUCAUGCCAGGUGGAGGUAUUACAGAAAACAAUUUGAAGGACAUUCUUUCUUGCGGAGCAAAGGAGUUCCAUGGAUCAGCAAGGUGCAAGCUUCCUUCUACUAUGAAAUUUAGAAAGUCUGAUCUCAGUAUGGGUUCAGAUCUUGGAAAGGAGUAUGAAGCCAGUGUUACUUCCAAGGAAAUGGUGCAGUCGCUCGUUAAGAUUGCCAAGGAUAUGUGGAGUUGAUAUGAAUGAAUAGAAGUGUAUGUUUUGAAUUACUGGAUUUUAGAAAUAAAUUAAUUUUAUCUAAAUUUGAUAAAUGUCAUUGUUGUGAAAAUGAGGAAUUUGAUUGAAGUUUAAUCCCUUUUCAACUCUAUUCAGAUGAUCUCGCCAGCAGUUCUGCUCCCAUCAAUGACUCUCCUGUGACUCUCUUAUGUCAGUCUACCAUUUUCAGUUUGAGGGUAAAAAAAAUGUUUCGUUUCUAGACACAGAUUUGUUACCAAUCCAGUUUAACUGUGUCUAUAAUUGUGCCGACAUAAGCAUCUUUUACAAACUUUCCUCCAUGUGUUCCCUCAUAAAAUAUGAAUAAAACACUAGUCUAUUGAC